AUGGCGCCCCCAAAACCGACCAAGGCAGAGCCUGAGGACUCUGAUGUGUCUGAUUCAUCCGAUAUCGAACAGCCUGACACCGAAGACCGCGCCCCCAAGCGCCGUCGUCUCUCGGAGUCCUCAAACGACUCAUAUGUCGCUCCUGCGCCGCUCCCCACUCUCUCCCGUAUUAAGAAGAAGGGCGAGGUAGUAGACGAGCCUGAAGAGGAGGAAGAGGAACCGGUCACAAUCGCCGACGCAAUUGAGCUUGGUCGAAACAGCGAUCACUCCACCUUUUCAACACUAGAUGUGGCACCAUGGCUCGUCGCUUCAUUGUCGACACUGUCGAUCAAGCGGCCGACUGCUAUUCAGAAAGCGUGUAUUCCUGAGAUCUUGAAAGGAAAGGACUGUAUCGGAGGAAGCCGAACUGGUUCCGGAAAGACUAUGGCUUUUGCGGUCCCGAUCAUGCAGCAAUGGUCUAUGAAUCCUUUCGGCAUUUACGCUUUGAUCUUGACCCCGACUCGUGAGCUUGCUCUUCAGAUUUACGAACAAUUCAGAGCCGUCUCCGCACCCCAAAAUAUGAAGCCCAUCCUGGUUGUCGGAGGCAUGGACAUGCGCCAACAAGCUAUCGACCUUGCCAACCGGCCCCAUGUCGUCAUCGCAACUCCCGGUCGACUGGCGGAUCACAUCAAAACGUCUGGCGAAGAUACUAUUGCCGGUCUCCGCCGUGUCAAGAUGGUUGUUCUGGAUGAGGCAGAUCGGCUCUUGGCCAGUGGGCCAGGAAGCAUGCUCCCAGACGUGGAAACAUGUCUCGGUUCAUUGCCUCCGUCUUCCGAGCGUCAAACCCUGCUGUUCACAGCCACCAUGACCCCGGAGGUGCGGGCAUUGAAGUCUAUGCCCCCAGCAGGCGACAAGCCACCCGCCUACAUGACCGAGAUCGGCACCGAAAACCAGGGCAAGAUCCCGCCAACCCUCAAACAGUCAUACUUGAAGGUCCCAAUGACGCACCGCGAAGCCUUCCUGCACGCACUUCUCUCGACCGAAGAAAACGUUACAAAACCAGUCAUCGUCUUCUGCAACCACACCAAAACAUGUGAUCUGCUAGAGCGCACCCUCCGUCGUCUCGGUCACCGUAUCACCUCCCUCCACAGUAUUCUCCCUCAAUCCGAGCGCACAGCCAACCUUGCUCGUUUCCGAGCUACUGCUGCCCGCGUCCUAAUUGCCACAGACGUUGCCUCGCGUGGUCUUGAUAUUCCGUCCGUGAGCUUGGUGGUCAACUUCGAUGUCCCGCGUAACCCAGAUGACUACGUGCACCGUGUUGGUCGUACGGCGCGUGCGGGACGAACUGGUGAGGCUGUCACGCUGGUUGGACAGCGUGAUGUUGAGCUGAUUCUUGCGAUUGAGGAGCGUGUUGGUCGCCAGAUGGAGGAGUUCGAACAGGAGGGCGUCAAUAUCGAGAGUCGUGUUGUUCGUACUGGUGUGCUGAAGGAAGUUGGUUCUGCUAAGCGUGAAGCCAUGGGCGAGAUUGAGGAGGGUAGGGAUAUCCUCGGAAGAAAGCGUAACAAGCUGAAGAAGGUCCGGUGA